AACACUAAAAAACUGUUCGGCAAAGGGGAGAUAACUUGAAGUCGAACACGUGGGUAAACAAAACAACAGAAAUAGACGAUUACAGUAAAAUACCAUAACAUUAAUAGCAUAGCAAGUAGAACACUAUGGUAAAAUAGUAUGGCAGACAGUAAUAUAAGACAUUUGUUUAAUGAGUUGAAUCUGACGGAAAAGACAGCUUUCUCUUUGGAGAAAACUAAAGAUGACUACAUAUUAGAUAUCUCUGUGCAGGAAAGAAGUAACACAUUAGCAGCCACAAGCAGUAAUAAGUUUAUAAGAUUGUUUUCCUACAGUAACUUAGCUACCAAAGGAUGUAUUGAAGGUCACAGUGGCCUUAUAACGGGUGUGAAGUUUGCCAAUACAGAGAGUGAUAUUUUGUUUUCAUCAUCUGAAGAUAAAACUAUUAAAUGCUGGGAUGUGAGAACAGAUCUUAAAAAACCUGUGUCUGUUUUUGAAGGUUAUGAAGAAUCUAAUAACAUAUUUACAAGUUUUGAUGUAAGCUGCAAUGACAGAGUUAUAUGUGCUGGCUGUGCUCAGAAUAAAAAGUCAGAAGAUGUACAUUUAAUGUUUUGGGAUAGAAGAGGCAAAGAGUUGUUAGGGUGCUACAGUGAUUCACAUCAAGAUGAUAUUACACAGGUAUGUUUCCAUCCGACAGAACAAGACACAUUAUCAACAGGAUCAACCGAUGGUUUAGUUUGUGUGUUUGAUAUCGGUCAACCAACUGAAGAUGACGCCAUAGUUCUUACACUUAAUUCAGAAUCAUCGGUGGAUAAAAUUGGUUGGCAUGGUAACAAUUUAUACUGUGUGACACAUAUAGAUACAUUUUACUUAUGGGACACAAAAAAGGAGGAAGAUUUAUUAAUACUAACAGACAUCAAAGAAAAAGACAACCUGCAGGGAAAAGACUCCAUUGAUUAUCUGAUAGAUGGUUUGGUUGUUAAUGACAAGCUCCAUCUAGUGGCAGGAACUCAUAAUGGAUCCUUGAGAGUUUUGGAUGUUUCUGGGGAUUCCCCAACAGUCGUGCAGUCUCUAACAGGAGGACAUACAUCAACUGUUAGGUGUUGUUUAUGGAGUGAUAACAUGUUAGUUAGCGGUGGAGAAGAUUCUAUGUUGUGUUUAUGGUCUCAAAGAAAAGCUAUUCCUAAACAAGAACCAAAGGGCAAGCUGAAAAUAAAGAAAUCAGUGACAAGAAAAUCACACCCAUACUGAAGACUAAGCAACAGAUAAUAAGUGGGGAAUAAAAUACAGCAAUGUUGUUCAAUGAUAAUCAGUAGAAACAAUAAACUGUCAUGUCUAUUGUAUCA